AAAAAAAGGAUGGCAGAUUCGGAAUUCACUAACAAAGCUAUCAUACCCUAACCUAAAAAACGGACUCGAACGUUUUGCAGGUGAGCGCCUUUAUCGGGGAAUGAAACUAUAUUUACGCGUUUGUUAAUCUCUUAAUGACGCGAGAUCUGAUUGGAUUAUACGAGAUGACCCGCACGUAAGUUUAUUAUCGCUGAAAUUGCUGUGCCGGCAUGACGAGAGUAUCUUGAAUUGUCAAACGCUCAUCGGAGCUUGACGGGAUGUCGCGAGGAUAGACGCCGUUAUUCGUCAAUGACGUAAGAUGAAACUACGUCGUGUGCCGUAAUAAUGCGCCUCAGAUUCGUCAGGGCGGUCCUGGUCCUUGCUCUGUUAGGCAACAUCAUCGUCUGGCAUAGGAUAUGGCGGCUGUUCGCGGCGCAAAACACCCUGGGCUUGCUGACGCCGAAUGUAGCAACGAACGAGCCCCCGCAGAAGUUUCACCGGCGCCUGGCCCGUCUGGUUACCAUCGUCAUCAGGCAGUUCGAGAGCUUCGAAAACGAUGUGGCGUCCAUGGUGGAGUCUGUUUUGAAUUCCUUUCCAGGAAUACCCGUCUUGAUAGUAUGCGAUGAAUUGCCAUAUCCACCACUGGAGCUGAAUUUUGCCAACGAGAGCAUGAGAAAUGUCAAGUUAAUCAGUUUACGGCCUGAGUUCAAUAGAUCCUUUGAAGAUAGAAAUCCACUUUUCUACAUACGUACCAAGUUUGUCUUGUUCUUACCUGAUGCAACAAGAUUGUCGACUAAGCAAGUUAUGCAGGAAACUGUCUCGCAAGUGUCAAAUUUAGGAAUAGUUAUUGUGCCAGUGGGAAAGAUAGCCUUACAUUGUCUUGAAUUAGAUUUAAGAGUAAAAGAAUGGAGUUUGAGGAUAACGCGAGUUACAGGAACAGAAUGUGAUAGUGUAAUGGGCAAACAUGUAACUAUGCUUGAAGCCAAAAUUCUAAGGAGAUUGUCAGAUCCAUUUUUGUUGCCCUUUACGGAUGCAUUAUACAUUCAGACAACAGCUAUUGGUGCAAAGAUACAUAUACUGAAAAAAUAUCAGUUCAACGAGGGAAAACCAUUAUAUAGAAAUCAGCAGGCACAGUCCAAGAUGCAGCAAUUAUAUCGCGCACGGGAGAGAUUGAUGUUCGAGAAAUUGGGGAUAAAGAAAGUUACGAGGGCUUCUGGAUCCGUAGAAUGGUAUGGUUGUUCACGGGAAUCCGCGAGAUGCUUCGGUUCAGUGAUAAAUGGUGUGCCAUCAUAUCUCUAUCAGCAUCGAUACACGCCACCUUGUUGUCUGGCUGGGUUAAGAAAAGUUGCCCAUCAUGUUAUUGAUAAACUGGAAGAAGUUGGCAUAAGAUUCUGGCUGGAAGGUCAGUCACUGUUGGGAGCAAUGAGACACGGCGAUAUUCUACCAUGGGAUUAUGAAAUACAAAUUGGAUUGAACCGAGACGACUUGGCAAGAUCGCCGUGGUUGAUUAGGGCCAGGAGUAAACCGGUCGUUGACGACGACGGCUUUAUCUGGGAAAAGGCCACAGAAGGCGAGUUCUUCAAGGUACAGUAUUCCAGAGUCAAUCGUUUACAUGUGAAUCUGUUGCCGUUCUACGUGCGCAAUGGAUCUAUGACGAAAGAUGCGUGGUUCCUGAAGAAUCGGGACUUCCCAGAGCACUUUCUUCAUCCGAUGUCGAGCAUCGAGUUCGCCGGUAGACAAGUGCCAUGUCCAAAUAAUAUUAGGGACUUUUUAGAGCUUAAAUAUUUUAAAGGAGUGAUAGAAAAUCCAGAGUUACCUAGUAAAUUUGUUUUCGAUUAAUUAUGUGUCCAUUCGAUUAAUUAUAGUCCAUUUUCCGAUUAAUUAUGUGAGAUUAUUUAUGGUAGUAUUGUUGUCUGAGUUUAUCGGUGCUUUAAAAAUAAAGCCGUUAAAUGUUAUCGUAUUGAUAACUAUAUUGAAAUAUUAUGCAUAUAGCUAACUAGGAAAGGAUUAUCCAUGUAUGAAGAUGUUUACAUAUAAACAAAUUACAAUUUAACAACAUCUCUCAUCUAAGGAGAAGACUUGUAAACAUUUCUAUUUGCCUUAUUCAGACCCUACUUUAGUAAGAAAUAAUGACAAAUAAUUGUUACCAAAUGUUAUCUUUAUAUCUCUGAAUAACUUGGCUUAGAAAUUCAGAAUAGUAAAAUUUAAAUUCUUCUUGCAUGAAUUGACCUAUUAAUAUAUUGUGCCAAAUAAACUUAGUAUUUUUAAUUAGAUUUGCUGAUAGAUUUGUUGAUACAUUUUUUAGAAUAAACUUUUAUCACAUAUAACUCUUUACUAGAUUUUUGUAUUUUUUAUUAGGUAGGUAACGAUAGUAAUUUAAUAUGUUGCAUAUUUUGUAUUAGAAAUUUAAAUAUUUAUUAAAAUAUUAAAAAUGACAUCUCAUAUUUAAGAAAUAUUUUAUUUGUACGAUAGAGGCAUUUAAUAACGUAUCUUGGAUAGUUUUACAUAACGUGAAAAAUAUUUCAUAAAUAUUUAUAUAGCAGGAAUUUUCUCAAUCAAGUUUUACUGAACAAAAUGCUGCUAAACGAAAAAUAGUAAAAUACCAAAAAAUUUACUUAGUUCAAUUGAACGUUUAUAUCGCAUUUGAUUGUUCCUUUUAUUAUCUUGCAUUUAAAGAAUUGUGUAAAUUAUAUAAUAUUUUAUAUAGAUCACUUUAAUUCAAAUCAAUAUUUAGAUUUGUUGUAUUACUUUAUUUAGAUUUGUUGUAUUAAUCAAUGAGUUGGGUUGAAUUAUUCUAUUAUUAUAAUGAUGCUUUGUGAUAACUACAAUUCAGAUAAAUUACUUCAUAGAACUAUUUACCUCUCUAUUGCAUAAUUAUAGUGCCAAUUUAUUUGUAAAAAUAUAGAUAUAUAUAUAUAUGUAUCCGUCUGUUAUAACAAAUAUUAAUAAAGCAUUGUUGUUUACGAAAGGUU